CAAUGAAGGUUCAAUUUACAUCUUGUACCUUAGCCUCAGAAUGGUGUUGGGCCGUUAAAGACUCAAACGAUGUCUGCGGCAUCUGUCAAGUUACGUUUGAUGUUGCUUGUCCAGCGUGUAAAAUGCCCGGUGACGAAUGUCCUGUCAUUUGGGGUGUCUGUACUCACGUCUUCCAUUUACACUGCAUAAUGAAAUGGCAUGAAAGUUCGACCAACGGCGAAACUUGUCCUCUCGAUAGAUCACCUUGGAGAACACUGGCUGCUUAGUUGAAGCUUUAUUGGAAAAAAAAAACAAACUAUCCAUCCUAUUCCAUCAUCUUUCCCAUUGGACGGAUUUCACUCACUCAAUGACAAAAAAAGCAAAUGGGACAUACUCUCAGUUGUAAUUUCUUAUGAUCCCUCUACAUCCUAUUCCCACCUCGUUCAAUUUACAUUACACCAUAACUUUUACAAACAGAUAGACAAUGGCUCUCCCAAUGAGUCAAUGAAAUAAAUAAAGUCCGUCAAUGGACAUUUUCAAUAAAGAUCGAUCGUCUUCAAAAGAGGGUGUUUAUUGCGUAUCAAAAAGCUAAAUUUAGUUCUUGUAGGAGAUGACACCAUCGAAACGUUGCUUGAACCAUUCUUGAGCUUCUUCCUAUAUACGUAU